GAGUGGUCUCUUAAAAACAAAACAAAAAACCCUUCUCCAAAACCCUUAAGCCCCCGACUCGACUCAGAGAGAGCAGAGAAAAUGGCGAGAAAUGCAAUUCUUCGUUCCCAAGUUCUGCGCCGAGCCCUUGGCAACAACAAGCUUAGCCCGGUUUUACCCUAUUAUCUUUGUUCUAACAAUUCUAGUCCCUUCGAAACCCUAAUCCCCUCUAAACCCUUCUCCUCCAUUUUGUCCAAUUCCACCACCGCUACACGCAAUCCCUUCUCGAAGCUUCCGUUCCUGCAAUCCCGAUCUUGUACCUUUGAUUACUUUGAUGCUGAAGAACCCUGUCCCACAGAGAAAUUUGUUCUCAUUAAGUCGGAAAACGAAUUCAAUAGUACGCUUUCCAAGGUUCAAGAUGAAUCUUUGCCGGCAAUUUUCUAUUUCACUGCAGUCUGGUGCGGGCCUUGCAAGUUGGUAGGUCCUAUCCUUGGAGUGUUGAAUAAUAAAUACCCGCAUGUGACGACAUAUAAGAUUGACAUUGAUCAGGAAGGCCUUGGAAGCGUUUUGAGCAAGUUAAACAUUGCCUCUGUGCCAACGUUCCAUUUUUUCAAUAAUGGGAAAAAGGCUGCUGAAGUAAUUGGUGCUGAUGUUAUUCGGUUGAAGAAUACUAUGGAGGAACUCUACAAGUAA